AUGCUUCUUCUUUCUUUUCAUUAGCAAUUUAUAAAGGGUUUGCUUUCUGUAGUUCCUUAACUUUUUACAAGCCCAAAUCAAAGGAUUGAAGAACAUUGAUCAUUCUUGUUCUACCUUAACAAUGAUGAUGGUGGGGAUUCCUAACGUUGGUAAGUCGGCUCUAGCCAAUUCUUUGCAUCAAGUUGGAAGGAUUAGUGCUGCAGAGAAAGGAAAAUUGAAGCAUGCAAAAGUGAGUCCACAUCCGGGAGAGACAAAAGAUAUCAGCAGCUUGAAGAUUGGUAGCCAUCCCAAUAUUUAUGUGUUGGACACCCCAAGUAUUUUGCCUCCUCAAAUUCUUGAUGCCGAGGUCUGUUCCAGGCUAGCUUUAACAGCAGGAGCAAUUAGCGACUCUUUGAUUGGUGAAAAAGAACUUGCUCAAUAUUUUCUGGCCAUUCUCAACUUGAGUGAUGAAUAUAAGAAAUGGGCAAAGUUGUCUGCCCUUGAAAAUGAGAGAUCAUUUAUAGACCACAAAGAAGAGUGUUCAAGCGGCAGACAGCCAUGCAUGAAAGGAGAAAGGCAACAUUUCACUGAUCACACUCAGGAUUUCAUAGUACAUAAUGUUCGGCGAAAGCUCUUUGAGACAGUUUCAUGUUUUAAUGGUGACAUGCAAAAUGAAGUGGAUUUGGAGAAGCUUAUUGAGUUGCAAUUCACAACCUUGACCGAAGCUUUUCACUUGCCUAUUGAAUUAGGGGAUAAUGCUCGUAGUAAGGUUGCUACUAAGCUACUUAACCUGUAUCGUAUUGGGAGGCUUGGACAUUACACUUUAGACCCUAUUGCAUUCUAACUGUAACGACACAGGAAUUACUCAUAAGGAGAGAGCAGGUUAACAAAAGAAAGAUUAAAAGAAAAGAAAUUGCCUAUACCAUAACUAACAGUAACCUUCAUUUUAUUUGUUUUCUAACCCUUUACAUGUCUGCUUGUCAUUGUGUAAUGUGAUUGUUGCUUUUUUUUUCA